GUUUACGGAAUCAGGACAAUGUAUGGUGUGUUUUACGUAGGAACUACAGCCAGCUGUGUGUGUGUCGAUAAACAUCGCCCUAAACUAUUGAAGCAAUGGACACACCAAGGAAAAACAACGACUGCUACUUCUAUUAUUACUCUACUUGUCGAAAGGGCGACGGCUGCUCGUUCCGACACGAGCCGUCGGCGCUGGGCUGCGAGACGACGUGCUCCUACUGGCAGCAGGGCAAGUGCCUGAACCAGCGCUGCAGCUACCGCCACAUGGAGCUGCGCAAGAACCGCAAGCUGAUCCCCUGCUACUGGGAGAACCAGCCGGGUGGCUGUCGCAAGCCCCACUGCUCCUUCCUGCACAAGACCUCCCGGGACCCCGCGGCCGCCCUCACCCGAGACGAGCCUGCCCCACUGCCGUCGGAGCGAGCCCCGUACGACGAGAGUGCGGCCAACAGCGACGUGGCCCCACGCCGCGUCAGCAGUGACACCAACUUUGGGAAUCCGCCGAUUGACCCGCUGGUAGUGAAUUUUGAAGAAGAAUCAGACAGUGAAAGUGCCCCCACCACCACCCCCGUAAAGACGCCCGCGGCGGCGCGCCGACUGGUCGUGAAGACCCUGGACGAGAUCCGUCUGGAGAGGGUCCAGGCAGAGCAGGCCGCGCUCCUCAGCUACGCCGUGGAGGAGGAGGUUAAGGAGGGGGCGGGGGCCCCCGACCUGCGCGCCUGGCUGCGGGGACACGCGCGGCGGGCCCGGGCGCCCCCCGAGGAGCCGGGCGACGCUGCCGUCGUCGUCAAGACGCUGGAGCAGAUCCGCGCGGAGAGGGCGGCGCGCAAGCGCUCUCACUCUCGCUCGCCCGACGAGACGUCGCCCCGCCGGAGGCCCCGCCGCAUCAAGCUGCAGAGGGACCCCGAGCGCUGGACGGGGCCUCCCGCCGCGGGGGUGAACGGGAACUGUGCCGUGGCGAACGGCUCCGGCGCGGGGAAGCUGCGCGACAGUCUGGAGACGGAGGAAGAGCUCUUGAGUGACGGCCACGCAGACGUCGUGAACAUCGGGGCGGACGAGGACAUACUCCGGGACAUUGACGACCUGCUCAUGGACUGAGCGCGACCUCUGCCGUCCGGAGUUCCACCACAAAAGUGACCUGCGACUUUGUUACUGUUUUUUCAUCUUUCGAUACUUAAAAAUUUUACAGAGUCGAUUUUCCAGCAUAAUUUGAUGUACUAUGAGGGUUGUGUGAUAUUGUACUUUUUUGUUUUGUUUUUAGGAUUUUCAUAAAUUGAUCAAAUUAGUUUUUCAAUUUUUUUGAAAUUUUUAGUUGAUAAUUUUUAUUAGUUAUGAUUUAACUAUAACUACAGUAGGCCCUGCUAUAACAUCUGAUUUUUGUUCCUUAAAACUAUAACUUGGUAAGAAACUACAUUAUUGAAGUGCAGUUUGUUAUAAGUGUUAUUAAAUCCAUGUACCAGAUUCACGUAUAUAAAGAAAAAAAAGCCAGCAAUUUAGGUAAAAUAGCAAGCCACUUUUUUUAUAUGAAAAAAUUUUGUUAGCAUAUUUUCUCCAAAGAUAAAUGUUAAAUAAAACCUUCCAUGUGAAUUUCUUUAUGCCAUUAAAAGUUAUUUAUAUUUUACGGUUAAAGAAAAAAUAAUUAUCUCUGGAGUAUUUUUUCAUUCAUUGUCCAGAGUGUAACAUCACAAAAAAUUGGUCAGUAAAACACAUAAUGGUAUAAAAGUGUGUGUGUGUGUGUAAUUGUUUUAAUUUUUUUAUUUUAUGACAUGGUGAGAUUCAUAUCUAUUUUUUGUUAAUUUUUUAAAAAAAAUUAAUGAUAAUUUUUAACAAAUUAGUUAAAAAUGUAAUUCAGGUUUAAAAUAGUCUUUAUAAAGUGCAGUAUAACUGCAAAACAUCUUUUUUUUUACCAUUUAAAAAAUUGUUACAGACUGUGUUGUUUCAUGCUUAACAUGUCUUGAAGACUUCCAGGGUUCUGACUCACCUUAUACAUUUGUACGUAACAGUUUUGUCUCGCUCACACGCACAUAAUAUUAGAUUGUGUUUACGUGUAUGUCACUUAAAAUUUAUCAUAACUUUGGUUAAUCCACAAACACAACUUGUCCACCAUCUUUGCCAUAGACGGAAAGGUUGUUAAUAAGAUGAAAACUAAACAGGUUGCACUUUCUUGCAUUUUGCUGAAACGCGUGUGUGAAGUAAACCACAGCAGUAGUACUACAGGUACUAGGCUUUCCCUAAAUGUUACACGUGAACAAUGUGGCGAUUUUCAUUCUCUAUGCGUACUAGUUUUUGUGUCCAUGCUUCGUGAUAUUUCCAUGCCUUUGUGAUGUGGCCAAGUGACAUGCAUACCGAGAUGACUUCAAAAUAUAAGCUUAACACAGUAAACCCAAUUGGUUUGGAAAUUACUAUAAAUUAAUCUUGUGACAAUAUUUGCUAACAUAUUGCAAUUUUUUUUUUUUUUUUGUAAAAUAAGCAUUAGAAUUUUUUUUGUAGUUCUAAUUUUAAUCUAGUAAAGCUGCAACAAAUUGUUUUUUGAACAAAACUGAAAUAGUGUUUUUUGAAGAAAUUUGUAAUCUAUAUAUGAACAUUGAGUUUUCUAAAUAUGAAGUUUCAAAUAAUUUGCAUUAAAAUCCUAAUCCACGGUAAUAGAUGCUAAUUUAUUAAAUCAUUUAUGUUAAUUUUUGGGGGGAAAUGUGCUAAUUUUUCCAGCCCCUGCUCAUAUCAGACUUAAUGAAGCUUGACACUCAUAUAUAUGUCACAUUUUUUUUUGUUGUGAAUAACUUUCAGAAAUAUUUUCCUAAAAAUUUGAAAUAAUGUAGAUUUUACAUCUGCAGAAAAUGUAUGAAAAACUUUCUGUGGUAAAUUACAUAUCAUUUAUACAUUUUCAUAAAUUUUUUUUUUUUAAUUUUAUUUUAAAUUCAUUUCAAAAUGACUUCAAUUUUGUAAAUGAUAAGUCAUGAAGUUUUAAACUUACUCUAAUAAUAGUGGAAUUUGCAUUAGUAAAUUUUUUUGGCUACUUAACAAAGUUAGGCUUACCUCAUUAGCAUUACUAUAAAGGAGAUAUAUAGUCACCAUUCUGAAUUCAUUAAUUUUUCUUUGCAAUAACUUUUUACUUUCCAAAGUAAAAAAAAAAAACACCUUUGCUUAGGUAAAGGGAACACAUUAAAAACAUUUUAUGAGGUGGAAGAGCUACUUGUUAUUAAGAUUAGUUACAGUUCUUUUAAAUGAAAUUUAUUCAUUGCAGCCAACUGCUAUAAGUUUCAGACAUUCCAUUAGCAAUUUCUUAUAUAUGUGCCACAAAAUUUUUAUCAAAUAACUAAGAUUGUGUCUUAUCAGUUUAUAUCUCAUCUCCUCACGUCCCCUUGCCGAAAGAACAUUGCAGUAGACAAUGACAUAGCAGGACAUACUGUACGUUGUGUUGACUUAUGUUGCAGACUUGGUACAGAUCAUUAAUUGUAUAUAUUUACAGUAUUUAUGAAAUAGAAUAUUCACUGUGUAAGUCAAGAAAUUUGUUAUUAUUUAUUAUGUCAUCAGUUGAAAUAUAAUUUUUUUAAAUGUUAAGUGUUUAAUUCUUCACCACCAUCUAAUGCUAUUCGUGCAGUGUUUUUCUACUUAAAAUCACAUUAACGGACAAACAUUGUAUCAUAUUGAAUUAUAAAUUCCUCAAACUGGCAGUUGGCCAUGUUAAUAUCUAUAUAUAUUUUUAAAAAAAUUUUAUGUCUUGUCAACAAAGUUAUUAGAUACAGAGAUAUACAAGUAGAGGAAAACCGAGAAGGAACCUUUCCAACAUUUGCCUUGUUUGAAAAACAUGGAAAGCCAAAUUCAGGGUGAACAUACCAGGAUUCAAAUCCGGGUCCUCUGACCACUGUUUCUCCGUUCCACUACCUCGCUCGGUAGUAAAGAGUUCUCCGCGGUAAAAAAAAAGGAGAGGGUCCAAUUGGUUAGCAGACACAAAUAAACUGAAGGUACAUAUGUAAAUGCAGGAGUCGUAACAAAACAAAUGAAACGCAGUAGGGUAGGAUUAUAUGCCGCUUGAUAAGUCAGAAUUAUCAAGUUUUUUAACUUUAUAUUGCUCUUUACGUCUGUUUAUUUAGGCUUUGGAAGAGUUAGGUUCAUUUAAGCCACUGCUGUACAAGAUGAUACAUUCUGUUUCAUUACUGAAGCUACGUAUUUAAUUGAAGUAAUUUUGGUUUAUAACUACAGUAUAGAAUUGCAAAAAAUUUACUUCACACGUGGAGUAUUGACUCGCAAGUAGUGUUGCGAAAUCCAACCAACGUGCUUCCUGCCUGUAUUGAGGCCACGUUAAAAGGUGCCCAGUUGGACGUGGUUUGAUGUAAACAGAUUGUGCUCUGUAUUGCCUAGGAAGAAAAUAAUAUCCAAUGUUCAGAGCAAAAUGCAUUGAUUAACAAAUUUAAAACACAGGACAUGUUCCUUGCGGUAGUUAAAACCAUCAUUGGUGGUACAUAACAUAAUUUAACUGACAACCUUAACAUUUGGCCAAAUUGUAUGUGCUUAUUUGUGGUUGCAAUUUGCCAUUAUAUGGCGAAGACCAUGCUCUGGUUUCAAAGUGUUCACUGUAACCCAUCGCCUUAUUCCGGUUCAGGUGUCCUGUUUGACUACAUCCUUAAGUCACAUUUGUGUUUGGGACAGUGCAACAGUCUCUGCAGAAAACUCAUAUUUACUUUCAGUUAAUUUAUCAGUGUGGAUUUCUUAACUUGCAUCGAUAAUCAGUACUUACCUUGUUCCAAAACAAGUAACGUAAGGAAAUUUUGUGAUCAGAUAACACGUGUAUAUAUGUAACAAUGUUUUGUUUAAAUUAUAAAAUAUUUAAGUUAUAUUUUGUCAACAUUGCUCCAAACUUAGAAACUUUUUAAA